AUGGCGACGAGAACUCCGGUUUAUUUUCUGAGUCAUGGUGGUCCGAACAUCAUGUUUGAUCACGACCACCCGGCGUAUUUGAAGCUCGGGCAGAUCGGACGAGAGAUCACGGGCAAGGUCAAGCCCCGCGCGGUGGUUGUGUUUUCGGCGCAUUGGCAGGCUGGCAAAGAUCAUGUGGAAGUGAAUAAUGCGGAGCUUACGGAUUUGAUAUAUGACUUCUACGGCUUCCCAGGCCAUUACUAUAAAGAGACUUAUCCGAAUGUCGGAAGCAAAGACGUAGCUGACAAGGUACUUGGGUUACUGGGCAACGCGGGGAUCAACGCCCGCGGCGUCAAACGAGGCCUGGACCAUGGAGUGUGGGCGAGUUUCAAGUGUGCCUUCGAACCCGACACCAACCCCCUCAACGUCCCCAUCGUCCAAGUCUCCCUCUUCAAAACGGAAGAUCCCAUCCAGCACUACAAACUAGGCCAAGCCGUGUCCGCCCUACGCGAUGAAAACAUCCUCAUCAUCGUGUCCGGCAUGGCCGUGCACAACCUCCGCGAUCUGCAGUUCACAUGGGGCAAUCCCCAACCUCUACCCUACACGGUGAGCUUUGAUGAGGCGCUCAAAGAUGCUGUCACGACUGCCCCCGGGGACAGGGAGCGCGCCAUGGCGGAGUUGUUGAAGAGGCCGGACGCGCGCCAGGCGCAUCCGUAUUUCGAUCAUUUGUUGCCGAUCCAUAUCGGUGCUGGGGCCGCUGGGGAGGAUGUGGCUAAGAGGUUGUGGACGCUGAAGGAGGGAAGUAUGAGUUGGGCGCAGUUUCGGUUUGGGGAGGUUGGUAAUAGUAGUAGUUCGUUGUGA